AAGUUCGGCCUCCGCCGGCCCGCGGCGCCGUCCCUCGGUCCGGUCUAUCUCCUCCCGCCCCCGGGACGCGCGCCGCGCAGCUGAGCGGAGCGCAGCGCCGGCGCGCCAUGGGGAGCCCCGCACUCCGGCCCGCGCUGCUGCUGCUGUUGCCACUGCUGCUAAGAGUCCCGCCGAGCCGCGGCUUCCCAGGAUCUGGAGAUUCACCGCUAGAAGAUGAUGAAGUCGUGUAUUCAGAUGCUAAAUAUAAAGACAUCCCAUGGUGCUCCCCCAUCAAGGUGAAGUACGGGGAUGUGUACUGCAGGGCCCCUCAAGGAGGAUACUACAAAACAACCCUGGGAACCAGGUGUGACAUCCGCUGCCAGAAGGGCUAUGAGCUGCAGGGCUCUCCCCAGGUGAUCUGCCAGUCAAACAAACGGUGGUCGGACAAGGUCAUCUGCAAGCAAAAGCGAUGUCCUACCCUUGCCAUGCCAGUGAAUGGAGGGUUUAAGUGCAUCGACGGUGCCUACUUUAACUCCCAGUGUGAGUACUAUUGCUCGCCAGGAUACACGCUGAAAGGGGAGCAGACAGUCAGGUGUAUGGACAACAAGGCCUGGAGCGGCCAACCAGCCACCUGUGUUGAUCUCGAACCUCCUAGAAUCAAGUGUCCAAGUGUGAAGGAACGCGUUGCAGAACCCAACAAGCUGACAGUCCGAGUGUCCUGGGAGACACCCGAGGGAAGAGACACAGCAGAUGGCAUUCUCACUGAUGUUAUUCUAAAAGGCCCACCCCCAGGCUCGCAUUUUCCAGAAGGAGACCACAAGAUCCAGUAUACUGUCUAUGACAGAGCCGAGAACAAGGGCACUUGCCAAUUUCGAGUUAAAGUAAGAGUGAGACGCUGCGGCAAGCUCCACGCCCCGGAGAACGGCUACAUGAAGUGCUCCAGUGACGGCGAUAAUUAUGGGGCUGUGUGUGAAUUCUCCUGCGUCGGAGGCUACGAGCUCCAGGGGAGCUCUGCCCGAGUAUGUCAGUCCAACCUGGCUUGGUCUGGCACUGAGCCCACCUGCACAGCCAUGAAUGUCAAUGUCGGCGUGAGAACAGCAGCUGCACUUUUGGAUCAGUUUUAUGAGAAAAGGAGACUGUUCAUUGUGUCCACCCCCACAGCCCGAAACCUCCUCUACCGGCUGCAGCUGGGGAUGCUCCAGCAAGCACAGUGUGGCCUGGAUCUUCGACACAUCACUGUGGUGGAGCUGGUAGGGGUGUUCCCAACCCUCAUCGGCAGGAUAGGAGCAAAGGUGAUGCCUCCAGCCCUGGCCCUGCAGCUCAGGCUGUUGCUGCGAAUUCCACUCUAUUCCUUCAGCAUUGUGGUACUGGAUAAGCAUGGCGUGGACAAGGAGCGCUACGUCUCCCUGGUGACGCCUGUGGCCCUCUUCAACCUGAUCGACACUUUCCCCUUGAGAAAAGAGGAGAUGGUCCUGCAAGCAGAAAUGGGCCAGACCUGUAACACCUGAUGGGCUGUGUCCUCUCUCAAUAGUGCCUCUUCUCUCUACAUCGAGCUACACGCACAGAAAGGCCUGAAAAAUAUCCUUGAUGUACAGAUUUUUAUUUGUAAUUUUUAAAGUCUAUUUUAUUAUUAUAAGCUUUCUUGGCACUUAAUUUUACACUGCUUUUUGUACUUUGUAGCAAAAACUGAAUAUACUUACUCUUAAUUCCAUCAUGGCUGGUUACUUUGGUAGAGAAACUAGAAACUACAACUAUAUACAGGCUUCCCAUGCAUUUAUACAGUGUGACACGUAUGUAUCUUCUGUUUUAUAUAAAACUUACUAAUAAAAUGUUUUAGAGCAAA